AUGUCGAUCUUCCAGCCAUGGCUGGUGCCCAAGAGAUCCAAGUUCUUGAAUUUCAUGUUGAUUGCCUGUGCUACUGUCACCGCUUCAACUGUCGGCUAUGAUGGAUCAAUGAUGAAUGGCCUCAAUAUCCUCCCCUCUUACAUUGAGUACUUUAACAUAAAUACCACGACCAAGAGUGUGGCCACUUCUGCCCUCUAUGUCGGCUCCAUUGUUGCAGGGCUCACCUACCCAUUCGUCAUGGCCAGGGUCAGCCGAAGGGCGGCCAUGUUCUGGGCGGCCUUUGGCACCAUCUUCUUCGUGGCACUCCAGGGUGCUUCCCAGAAUAUUGCCAUGUUCAUCGCCGCAAGAAUCGGCAUGGGCUACGGUAAGGCGUGUUUCACCAUGGCGGCCCCGACCUAUCUUGCCGAGACAUUCCCCUACAAAUCGCGCGGUUGGGCUCUGGGUUUGAUCUCUGAUUUCUACUAUGUUGGAGCCCUUGUUGCUGCUGGCAUCACAUAUCGUACAGCCAAGAUGGACAACACUUGGUCAUGGCGGAUUCCAUCCAUCAUUCAGGGUUUCUGGAGUUUACUCUGCCUAAGCACGCUCCCGUUCAUUCCCGAAUCUCCCCGAUGGCUCGUAUACCAUAACCGCCACGAGGAAGCACUCAGAGUACUCGCGCAAAUUAAUUCGGAUGGGGAUAUUGAUGAUCCAAUUGUCCGUGUCCAGCACAAAGAAAUUGUCGACACGCUCGAAUACGAAAAGUCCGACGCCGGACACCUGAAUUGGAAGCAGAUCCUCAAGUCCCCGAGUGCUCGAAAGCGGUUGUCUUUGGUUAUUAGCUGUGCUCUGGGUACCAUCAUCGUAGGCGAGUGCAGCAUUUGCAACAUGAUUGCCACUUAUUACUUCGGCGACAUGCUCACAAACGCUGGCAUCACCGACUCCGAUACACAGCUACAACUGAAUGUUAUACUCAACGCUUGGUGCCUGGCAUGCGCGAUAGUUGGCACACUUUUCUCUGAGAGGAUUGGCCGCCGACCCAAUGCCAUCUGGUCCACCCUCACCCUGACAGUGUUCUUGUACAUUGUUGGCGCGCUUACCAAGUUCUACGGCACCUCCGACAACAAGUCCGGAGUCUACGCCACCGUCGGCUUCAUCUUCCUAUUCCAGGGUGCUUACUCCUUCGGCUGGACCCCUCUCGCGUACUUGUACCCGCCCGAGAUCCUGAACUACCAGAUCCGCACGUUCGGCAUGGGCCUGAAUACCUUCACCAUUUUUGGUUCAGGCAUCAUCUUCGUCUUCGCGACGCCCUUUAUGCUCGAAGCAUUGGGCUGGAAGACAUAUAUCAUGAAUGCUAGCUGGAACUUUGCCCUGCUGGCCUUUAUUUGGUUCUUCUGGGUGGAGACCAAGGGCAAGACGCUGGAGGAGAUUGAUGAGAUCAUUGAAGGUGUGAAGCACAGUGACGCGCCAAAUGUUCAACUUGUCGAACAGGGAAAAGUCGACCUUUAA